UCGAAAAUUAGAAGAAGAAGAAAAAAAGACGGAGAAGAAGAAAAAAAAUCGUGUGUGGACACGAAUUUUCCUUCCGCUACCGGUGGACUUUUUGUUGGGACCGAACCGCUACAGUACAGCAAAUUAACACAGCAAAACCUUUGGACGUCGAGGGAUCAUUACUUUGGACAAACAAUGGCUGUGAAUGUCUACUCCACCUCGGUGACGAGUGACAACUUGAGUCGCCAUGACAUGCUAGUGUGGAUCAACGAUUCCCUCAAGAUGAAUCUUACGAAGAUCGAGAUGUUGUGUUCUGGUGCUGCUUACUGUCAAUUCAUGGACCUGUUGUUCCCGGGCUGUUUGAUUUUGAAGAGAGUGAAAUUUGGGGCCAAGCUGGAGCACGAGUACAUCCACAACUUCAAGCUACUCCAGUCUGCCUUUAAAAAGAUGUCCAUUGACAAAAUUAUUCCAGUGGACAAGUUGGUGAAGGGGAAGUUUCAAGACAACUUUGAGUUUGUGCAAUGGUUCAAGAAGUUUUUCGAUGCCAACUACAACGAGAGAGAGUACGACCCCGUUGAGGCCCGGCAGGGCCAGGAUACUGCACCUUUGCCAAACGCCAGCACAUCAGCAUUUAACAAGGCUCCGAAGAAGGCCUUCAGCCGGGCUCCUGGGAAGCCGCCAGUUGCCACAGUCGCCCCCAAGGUGAUGCCAAUUGCAAGCAGGAAGUCCCCGAGUGCCACUGGCAACAGGGAUGAGGCAGAAGUCCUCUCAGAAAUGGAAGAUCUGAGGUGUACCAUUCAGGACAUAGAGAAGGAGAGAGAUUUUUACUUCGGAAAGCUGCGGAACAUUGAACUAAUUUGCCUGGAAAAUGAAGGGCAGGGCGAUCCUGCACUGCAGAAGAUAGUGAAAAUCCUCUAUGCUGUAGAUGAGGGUUUUGAGAUCCCUGAUGUCGAAGAGCCAGAGGAGUUUUAGCAACGGUAGACCACAUUUUUUUUUUUUUUUUUUUAACAUCCCUUUCCCAAAAACGUCGACGCAGUGACCGCUCUUCGACAUCCUCGCCUGAGUCCUGUGUGAGUGGGUCUGUGCUAUAGCCGCCGGACUCCUGACUCCUCAAUCAACAAGUCCUCUUACUUCAUGCGUACAUGUACUUAAAUGUUCUGUACAUGUUCUACAAUCCAUUCUCAGUGACAUCUUCUGAAGUCCAGCCUUUCAUUUGAUAGGAAAAACAGGUGCCACAUUUGUUUGUCAUGUUUGUCAAGUCACACAGCCGCAGCCACUGUGCCUCUCUCUCUCUCACUUUUAUUUUAACAUUCCCAACUGGUCAUAAUUAUUCCAAAAUCCACUGGUUUAAAAAACAAAUUGGCUGUUUUUUGUUGGCUAUUUACUCAUGGCAAAUUCUUUGGGAAGCACUGGUCCAUUCAGGUGAAGUAUCAUUUUGAUCUUCACUUGUACUCAAUAGUCAUAAACGGACAGAGCGAAAUCAUUGGUUGAUAUGAGUUCAACCAGGUUCAAUGUUGUGUGGUAUUUGUAAUACGUGUGUGUUUGUGUGUGUGGAGAUGUUUGUGUCAUUUAAAAUGAUCCUUUGGACGCCUUGCCAACAACUGGCGUUUGGUUGCUGGAAAGACACAAAAAUUUGAUUGCGUGGAUUGCCAAAUCCUUGAGUCUUGCAGCAGCCUCGUGCUUUUACGGCCUUUAACAAAGUGAAUGUUGCACACAAUCAAACUGUGCCUGCAUUCUUUUUUGCCUUCUUUUGAAUAAAUAGACUGUUUUAAAAUCAUUU